AAGGCAGGACACACCUCUAGAUCAGCCUGUUCCAGCCUGUGCAGAAGGACGUCAUGCACUUUACUGGGGACUGAGCUAAGAGAGAGACGCGAAGAAACACUGACAGACGGACAGAGGAAACAUCUGCAUCGGAAAAAUAUCACCGAAGAACAUCAGGAUCAAAUCUUGCUCUAGGAUGAGUAACUUCACUAGGUCUAAGGUAACCAAUAUCACAAACCCUGAGGAUGACAGCAUCGUCAGCAAUGACUUCUCCACCAGUCUGGGUGCCCUCAUCCUUGGCUUGGUCUUCCUCCUGGGCGUCCCUGGCAACCUGUUCAUCGUCUGGAGCAUCCUAGCCCGCAUCCGACGUCGCUCAGUCACCACCCUCCUCAUCCUCAACUUGGCCUGCGCUGAUGGCUUCCUCAUGGCUCUCACCAUCGUCUUUGUGAUCUACCUGGCCAAACAGACGUGGAUCUUUGGUGAUCCCAUGUGUAAGGUGCUGUUUUACCUGUGCAACGCUAACAUGUAUGCGUCCAUCUUCCUGAUCACGUUGAUGAGCGUGCACAGGCUGGUGGCCGUGGUGUUUCCGAAGAAAGUGAUGGUCGUGGCCAGCAGGAAGAUAGUGAGGAGGGUGCUUGUGUGCAUGUGGGUGCUGGUGAUGCUUUUCGCCCUCCCUUCCCUGAUCUUUCGGGACGUGAGAGAAGACUACGAUGAGCGGAAAAAAAUAAGACUAGUGUGUGCUCCCAAUCACACCUUGCCUCGACAUGUGAGGUUCCAGUACGCCCUUGAGACAGUGUCAGGAUUCAUUCUUCCAUAUGCAGUCAUCAUAACCAGCUACGUCCUCAUCCUCAGACGUCUCAGGCAGACCAAGUUCCGCAGAAAGGUCCGCAGUGAGAACCUUAUCCUGGCGAUAGUGGUGACAUUUGGCCUUUUCUGGCUGCCGUACCAUGUCAUCAACAUGAUACAGGUGGCAGCAGAGUGGUAUGAUGACAACUCACCCACAAAACACAAGUUGGACCACAUCUGGAAGUCCAGUCGUGCUGUGACCUCAGCUCUGGCCUUCAUCAGUAGCUGUGCUAACCCCGUCCUCUACACCUUCGCUGGAAAGUCUUACAUCAAACAGAAUGGCUUUGCCUUCAUGGCUCGGCUCUUUGAGGGCACGUCAUUGGACUCUGGUGUAAAUAAAAAGAGUCGGAGUGGACAAGCAGAAAACAUGGCCCUCUCAGAAGCUAACAGUACAAACAACACAGUCUCUGCUGUGAAAAAUGGAACAUGAGCACUGCAGGAACUGAGCGCACAAACCAGUAGAACUGUGAAAUUGAACAUGGGUUGACUACAGGUGGAGCACUUAUCAGUCAAAGCAACAGCUGAGCCUGAAUUUAUUUGGCUUCAAAAUAAUCUGGCAAAACAAAACACCUGCUGAAAGCUGACCGUUAAGUAUUUUAUUCUAAAGAUAAAAUGUGUUUAAGCAUUUACCUUUCAGUAUGAAAAUAGACUGGAACUAUAUAAUGAGCUCUAGAGAGGUAAAUGUAAACCCAGAAAUGUAAGUGCUUUAUAUAUAUUUGUAUUUUACUUUGUUUUUGCUGUAAAGGAUGAAAGUUUGAAUAAAUGAUCAUGAACUGUAACAUAACCAAUAACAAUGUCACUGUGCUUUAACAGUUGCUAGAAAACUUUUCCUUCAAUAAAGUUAUGCAUUUCUGGCGCACAACAGGUUUUGGUAUUAAAAUAUUUGAGACCAAUUUGUUUACAUGCAUCUUGUUCAUUUAAGCAACAGUAUAAAAGUUUACCAAGUACAGUUUUAACCACAUAAGUUCCAGUACAUCAUUUUUCCUCCGUGUGCUGAAUGUUCAUCUACUCUACACCUAACAACUCUGGUUUAUAGUAAAUACAUGGUACAAGAAAUAAAAAUGCACUCUGUUGUUCAUCAGACAGUCCAGGUCAGUCUCUUAAAGAGCAUGAAAAACUGAGGAUCUUGGAAUUACAGAGGGAUUCAUGGUGCAGUGCUCACUUUCAAUAAGCCAUUUUAUGAGACAUUUACAAACUUCAGUGCAUUAUUUGUUCAGCCUAUGUACUGGUGU